AUGGACACCAAUCCAAGCUCGCCAGCACCGACAGACGGGCCUGCGCCGCCCAUGGAGCCAGAGACCCCCCAGGCUGGUCCAUCGGUGCCUGCUGUCCCGAAGCGCAACUACAACCGCAAGACGAAGGCACAGCAGGCCAAGGGAGAUGGCCUGACGGCAUACACGACCGCAUUUGUCCCCGGACUGUACAAUGUCAAGAACCCCGCGGGCGACUUUGUGAUACGCGAGAGCAACGUCGAGGUGAUCCAUCAGCUGAGCCUUGCACGAUCGAAGAAGGAAAAGGAGGAGGAAGAGGAACGUCGUGAGGCGAUCCGCGAAGAGACCCGCCGCACGGCCGAGGAGGAAGGCGUCGAGCCGGAACCUGAGGUGGUUGAGAACCCACUGAACAACAUCCUCAUCAUUCACCCUGGCUCGCGACACUUGCGCCUGGGCCGUGCGAGCGACUUCUACCCGCACGAAGUACCCAACUGCAUCGCUCGUCCUGCAAGUGCGUCGUCUGGUGGCUCUGAUCCACCCGUCCCGGGACAGAACAGUGAUGAGGAGAGUGUCGACACAAACAUUGGCUACCUGCGCGACUACCUGCGUAACCGGCUGCGACAGAACAAACUCACCACCGACUGGAAGGAGGGUCAGCGCGUAAACAAUGCCAACGCCAAGGCCAAGCCCGAGAGCAUUCCCGAGCACAACGACCCGCGCAGGAUAGACUGGACAGAACUCGAAGAAGGACGUCCCUUCCAUGUCGGUAACGACGCGAUUCGUCUCCCGGCCUCGGCUGGAUGGAGGAUACGGUACCCGCUCUUGCAGAGGCGGCUGAACGGGCGUGACUGGAGCAGCACGCAGCUUUUGCUCGACGACAUUGCCAUCAUCUUGCAAGAGUCCCUCCGGACUGAGCUCGACAUCAAGCCUGCGGACUACAGCAAGUACCAAGUCGUCCUCAUUGUUCCCGACCACGGCGACAGGUAUUACGUGACCGAGAUGGCCAACAUCCUCUUCAACGUCAUGGGUUUCAAGGAGAUUGCAAUCCACCAAGAGUCGUACUGUGCUAUCUUUUCGGCGGGCAUGUCGUCGGCGUGUGUGGUCGACAUUGGCGCGCAGGAGACGAGCGUCACAUGUGUCGAAGAAGGAACAGUCAAUGCCGAUACGCGCAUCACUCUCAGUUAUGGCGGUGAUGACGUGACUGUCGCUCUCAAGGCGCUUCUUGAACGUUCGUCAUUCCCUUACCGCGACCUCGACCUUGCCAAGGCCCAGGACUGGAUCAUGCUUGACCAGCUCAAGAUUCGCAUCUGCACCUUGGAGGAGCACCUGGUCGCGAACACCCCCUGGGAGUUUUAUGUCCUCAGCGAAGGGUUGACCAAGAAGUACAUGCUGCGCACAUAUGACGAAAACGUCCUUGCUCCGCUGUGCUUUUUCGACACCCGCAUGAUCAACUUCGAUAGCAAAAAGGGAGGCAACAGCCUCAAUUUGCACUCACCCGACGUCGACGACCUGAUCAAGAGUCACUACGACGAGGCCACUGGCGCCAUGAAGGCGUGCACUGCCCACCUCUUCCCGUCCAAGGAGCCCGCCGGGGAUGUGACUAUGAAGGAGGAGACUCCUGCCGUGGGUGAAAAUGGCACGCCCGUACCUCAGUCGGGGGCCACCACACCCGUCCCGCCCACCAGGUCUACUCCUUCGGCUACUCCUACCCCAGCACCGCCACCAACGACCGCGACGACCCUCCCGACCCCCAUGGCCACCUUGGUCCCUCCCACAACCAAUCCUUCUGCGGCUGCUACCCCUGCUCCUGGAGAGGAUGCGGACGAUGGACCCAAGUACGACAUUCCGUUCGAGGCAUCCAAGACUCCGUUGGACGGCGCCAUUGCCGCCUCUAUUUCACUCUCGGCGUCCGAGAACAAGGUCAAGACCGCCGCAUCGUCCAUCCUUCUUAUCGGCGGCGGAUCCGCUCUUAAGGGCCUUGCGCCGUUCAUUGCCGACAGGCUCCCUUCGCUCCUCCGCCAAAAGGGCUUCCCCCAGGCUGACGUGACCAUCGUUCCCCCACCGCGCAACUUGAACCCCAAGUUUGUCAGCUGGAAGGGCGCGAGUGUCAUGUGCAACCUGGACAGCUUGAGCGACAUGUGGAUGCGCUCGGAUGAGUUUGAGGCCAUUGGCGCAAGGGCCCUCAAGGAGCGCUGCUUGUUCCUCUAA